AUGCAAAUCGCAUAUAUAUCUCAAGUCGGCUUGGAUGUGCCGAAAAAGACCAAACGCGAGCGAGAAGAGGAGAUUAAAAGCAGGAAGGAGUCAAACGAGACUUUAAAUGAAGAAGGAACAGCCAAGCGCCGACGUAAGCAGCAUCAGCCGCUAGAUGUAUCGGCUACCAUAACGAAGCUUGAAGGAUAUAUGCUUGUUGAUAAGAAAUUUGCCAAGGCCAGUGCGUUAUUUUGUCAGUUAAUGCUCGAUCGAAUGACGGUAGAAUCAAGCGAGAUGUUCAUGAAGUCAUUAACAAAAGUUAUUGAUGAAAAGGGAGACGUUCUUAGCGGCAAAAAAGAAUUCCAAUCGCUUAUUGAAACACUGGAUAUAAAGCGCGAAGUAAUUUUGUCGGUCGAAGAUGCUGAACGAAACGAUCGAAGUCAAAAGCUAGACAUGUGGAAGUUUUUGGCCCUCACGCACGCACAGCUCUUCACAGAUGAUACGUAUCAAUUUAAUAAAGCUGCAAAAGUGAUAAAACGUCGCUUUGAUGAAAUCGUGAGUAGUAAAGAAAGUCAAGGUGUCGAUAAAACAAUGCAGCGACUGCACGCAGAGAUGAUGCCAGUACUUCGGACAUUGUAUAACAAUCGUAACAAGUGGUGGGCCACUACAAUCGUUGAUAGUGUGCUAGCUGUUUCAACGCAUCACCGUCUGCUUUUUAAUGAGCAGGAUCGAGUUGAAAUCGACAAGUGGACAAAGGUAGUGCAAGAUCGUCGAAAUGCACCUGCCAUUGCUCGAUCGGCAGGAUCUGAAGCACGACGCAACAUCGUUGCAACGAGCGUAUCCAAAGUGUCAGAAGCUGGUGCGAAAAUUCCUGUGAUAGCCAGCCAAACAAAAAGCUCUGUGACCAUGCUAGCCCUUCAUUGCGGCCUCACGCGUGCUGCGUUAAACAUUCAAGCGACUCAAUUGCGCACAUUUGCAUCCGGCAACAGAAAUCGUCUAACUUGGCGCCAAAAAGCUAAAAUUGCGGAGCGUAAGCGUAAUCCUCAGCCCCCACGUCAGCAACCACGCCAUCGGGCCCACCGCCAGAAUUUUCUUGUGUCACCUCCUGUAGACGACGGCAAGAAAUGGCGAGUGCUUAGUGCUGGUGUUUUAGAGCGUUUACCGAUCAUACAGCCUGAUUUAAAGGAUUGGGAGGUGGAUUUUGAAGUGAUGCUUCAUGAGAAGUCAUUGCGAGAGGAUCAGAGGCUAGAUGAAGAUUUUUGGUUCAUGGAACCUGGUACCAAGCACAUUACACCAGAAGAAGCUCCAUGGCCUAAUGCUGAAGAGAGUUCAGAUGAGCUUGUAGGCGAUGGCUUUCAUCUUGCUCCUAGGGAGACUGAAGAUGAUGCCAACAACAAUCGCAAGUCGCUUAAUCGCGCACUAAAGGGUCGAGUCUUUCUAUUGGUCAAGUCGGUUCAGCAGGAUGCGAAAUAUCCGUGGUUUUUUCCUUUCGGUGCGAAGCAAGACGUUGAAAAGAUGCGCGAUGCUGCAGUUCGCCACGUUAACGAUACAGUAGGCAACGAUCUUGAAGUGACGCCUGUAGGAUUUGGACCUGUUGGAUACAUUAAGUAUCUGCACGAAAACGACCCGGAAUUUGAUGGCACCAAAGUGUUUUUCUACAAGUCACAACAUCUUACCGGAGAUGUGAUACUGAAUUUAAACAAAGCUAAUGAUUACGUCUGGGUAACCCGAAAUGAGCUGUCUGAGUAUCUCGACCCAGAAAUUGCCGAGUAUAUUCACAAGAUGGUGCCGCCGUAA